CCCAAAAAAGAAAGAAAGAAAGUUAAAGCUAGUCUUUAACGAAACUUUUAUUCACUGCCCCACUUCUAAUUUUCUCUUAAUGAAGCUAUGAAUCUUGUAUAAAUACACACACAGCAAGAGUUCAGAUUUAGAACCAACAAUAAAGAUCUUUUAAACCCAUUAUAGAGAGUUUCAAAAAUGGCUAUGGCUUCACCUGUAAAGGUGGUUCUAGGCUCCAUAGCCUUUGGGAUUUUCUGGGUAAUGGCUGUUUUUCCUUCAGUGCCAUGUUUACCUAUUGGUAGAACUGCAGGGUCCCUAUUAGGGGCUAUGCUUAUGGUCAUCUUUAUGGUCCUAAAACCAGAGGAAGCAUACCACGCUGUGGAUCUUCCAAUAUUGGGACUCUUAUUUGGUACAAUGGUGGUAAGCGUUUAUCUCGAAAGAGCAGACAUGUUUAAGUAUUUAGGCAAAUUACUUUCAUGGAAAAGCAAAGGAGCGAAGGACUUACUUUGUCGUAUUUGCCUCAUUUCCGCCGUUUCAAGUGCUCUCUUCACAAACGACACCGCCUGUGUCGUUUUGACAGAGUUCGUCCUCAAAGUCGCCAGACAGCACAACCUCCCGCCCCACCCGUUUCUUCUGGCCCUCGCCACCAGCUCCAACAUCGGCUCCGCCGCCACCCCAAUCGGAAACCCGCAAAAUCUCGUCAUCGCCGUCCUCAGCAAAAUCUCGUUCGGACAGUUUCUCGUCGGACUUUUACCGGCGACGCUUUUAGGUGUCUCCGUUAAUGCCGGACUCCUCCUCUGCAUGUACUGGAAACAGUUAUCAAUCAAGAAACAAGAAGAAGAUCCGAUCGCCGGAGCCGCCGCAGAAGAGGCCGUGAACUCCCACCGAUUCUCUCCGGCAACUCUGUCUCACAUCUCAUCGUUGAAUUCACAAGACUGGAGCUCAAAAUUGGAUAAUCUGAACGUUCAAAGCUCUCCGAAUCUGAUCGCGAGCGGCCCAAGCACCGGCGCCGGAGGUGAACCGAGCCUGAGAAGCCGAUUGAGCUUGAGCGAGAACGAAAUCAAUAGAGUUGUAACCGAAGCUUUGGGAUCAGGACGACAGUCUGUGACGCCAAAAAAUAAAGAGGUGGCGAUCGAAGUGACGUCGUUUCAUCAUAAAAAGGAGGAUUCUGUUCAUUCGGUUACUUCGGUUCAUUCGCUAUAUUCGUUUCAUCAUAAAAAGGAGGACUCGGGGGGUCAUUCGCUCCAUUCCGUUCAUCAUAAAAAGGAGGAUUCGGUUCACUCGCUACAUUCGGUUCAUUCGAAUCGGGUCGCCUCGGUGGAUGGACUAUCCGAUAACGAGGCUUCGUUUAAGUCCAUAGAAGGAAAAGGAAGAAGAGUAAUUUUGUCACCAAAAUGGAGAAGGCUAUUGUGGAAAACUUGUGUUUAUUUAAUCACCAUUGGAAUGUUGAUUGCUUUGCUUUUGGGACUAAAUAUGUCUUGGACUGCAAUAACUGCUGCUUUGGCUCUUGUAGUUCUUGAUUUCCAAGAUGCCCAACACUGCUUAGAAAAGGUAUCUUAUUCACUUCUCAUAUUCUUCUGUGGGAUGUUUAUUACGGUGGAGGGUUUUAACAAGACAGGGAUACCAGGCACACUAUGGGAUCUUAUAGAGCCUUAUUCACAAAUUGAUCGUGUUAGUGGGAUAACUGUGCUUGCUCUAGUCAUUAUUGCUCUAUCUAAUUUGGCUUCGAAUGUCCCAACUGUUCUUUUGCUGGGAGGGCGAGUGGCAGCGUCGGCGGCUCAGAUCUCGGCGGAGGAGGAGAAGAAGGCAUGGCUGAUCUUAGCAUUUGUGAGCACAGUAGCAGGGAACCUAUCAUUGCUGGGAUCAGCAGCCAAUUUGAUAGUGUGUGAGCAAGCAAGCAGAGCGCCACAACUUGGAUACAACUUAUCCUUUUGGAGCCAUCUCAAAUUUGGAUUGCCAUCCACUAUUAUUGUUACUGCUGUCGGUUUGACUUUAAUUAGAUGAUUUUGUUUAUUUGCUGCUUUAUAUGUAUCUAUUAGCCAUAUAUAAUAUUGUAUUAUUGUAAAAUUAGAAAAUUAUUAAUAAUAAAAUGAAAAUCUCUAAUUGUCAA